AGGUAAAUCAUCAUUAUUUUCUUCAAAUUUUGUCUGAAAAUGGGGAGAGAAUUCGAGUACGUGAUAGUCGGAGGAGGAGUAGCAGCUGGAUAUACAUCACUUGAAUUCACAAAUAGAGGACUCUCCCAUGGCCAACUCUGCAUUAUAUCUGAAGAAUCAGUUGCCCCAUAUGAGAGGCCUACUUUAAGCAAAGGGUUUUUGCUUCCUGAAUCUCCUGCACGCCUUCCAUUGUUUCAUACUUGUGUUGGUGCUAAUGAGGAAUUGUUAACUCCCCAAUGGUACGAGGAACAUGGAAUCGAAUUAGUUCUCGGAACUCGAGUUGAAUCCGUCGACGUGGGACACAAGACACUAUUAACAGCUCCAGGAGAGACCAUACAUUACCAAAUCCUCAUCAUUGCCACAGGUGCUCAGGCUUUAAAGCUCGAAGAAUUCGGAGUGAACGGAUCUGAAGCUGAGAACAUAUGUUAUUUACGAGAUUUAGCCGACGCAAACCGCCUCGUUAACGUGAUGCAAUCGUGUACCGGUGGAAGCGCUGUGGUCAUUGGUGGUGGGUACCUUGCAAUGGAGUGUGCUGCAUCUUUGGUGAGCAAUAAAAUGGAUGUAACCAUGGUUUUCCCCGAAGCUCAUUGCAUGCCUCGUCUGUUUACGCCGAAGAUUGCGACAUAUUAUGAGGAUUAUUAUCAAUCUAGAGGAGUUAAGUUCAUCAGAGGAACUAUUCUAUCAUCAUUUGAAUUUGAUUCCAAUGGAAAGGUAACCGCUGUUAAUCUUCGAGACGGUAAUCGGAUCCCUGCUGACAUGGUUGUUGUCGGAAUCGGAAUACGUCCAAACACGAGCCUGUUCAAAGGACAAUUGAGAAUGGAGAAAGGUGGGAUCAAAGUGAAUGGGAAGUUCCAAACAAGCAACAGUUCGGUCUACGCGGUCGGGGAUGUUGCGGUGUUUCCUGUCGAUCUCUAUGGUAGAAUCCACAGGCUCGAGCAUGUGGAUUCAGCUCGGAAAUCUGCAAAACAUGCUGUCGCUGCAAUCCUGGACCCGGAUAAGACGGGCGAGUUCGAAUACCUGCCAUUGUUCUACUCGAAAGCCUUUGCGUUUUCUUGGCGGUUCUACGGGGACAAUGCAGGGGAGGCAGUGCAUUUUGGGGAUUAUUUGGGGACUACCUUUGGGGCUUAUUGGAUAAACAAUGGUCGUCUCGUCGGAUCAUUCCUCGAAGGGGGAACGGAAGAAGAGUUCGAAGCAAUAGGUAAUGCCACUCGGCUUAAACUGACGGUUGACGAUCCGGACGACCUUGGAAGGCAGGGCUUGAACUUCGCUUUGACUGUAAGUAAGAAAAUGAAACCGCAAACCCCGCGGAUCGAAGGCGGAACUUCUAGCCUUGUUCUCGAAACACCGGUCUAUGCAUGGCAUGCGACGGCGGGUGUAGUUUUGGCUGCAUCAGUAUCUGCAUUUGCAUAUUGGUAUGGAAGGAGACGUAGAAGGUGGUGAUAUGCCAAUUUUCUUGGCAAUCAAACAAGUUAUGCUUUCUUUCACUUGUGAAACGU